GACUCACGUGUGAGUACAGGGAAAAAGCUGAAGCGUUCCCUAAAGAAGAAGUGAAAGAUGAAGCUGGUAGCCAAGGCUGAAAUCUCUAAUCUGGAAGAUGAGCUCAAAGACUCUUCCGACGGGGAAGGUUCGGUAGAAAGCUGUGAUGCAGAAAUGGACCAGUCCUCAGAUGAUAGCGCAGCAGAAGCCGACAGCGAGGACAAUGUGGAGUCCUGUGAGGAGGAAAAUGAAGAUGCUGCAGAGCCAAGUGCUGGGACUAAUUCUGGCUGGGCAGAUGCCAUGGCCAAAAUCCUUAACAAAAAGACUCCUAAAAGUAAACCCACCAUCCUCACCAAAAACAAAGAGCUGGAGAAGGAGAAAAAGAAGGAGAAGGAGAAGCUAAAGCAGGAGAGGUUGGAGAAAAGGAAGCAGCUCGAUAAGAAGCGGGAGUGGGAGAUGAUGUGCAGAGUGAAGCCAGAUGUUGUCCAAGACAAAGAGACAGAGAGGAACCUUCAGAGGAUUGCAACAAGGGGUGUGGUGCAGUUAUUCAAUGCUGUUCAGAAACACCAAAAGAAUGUUGGUGAAAAGGUUAAGGAAGCAGGAGGCUCCAUCAGGAAGCAAGCUAAGUUGAUGCCAACUGUUUCCAAGAAGGAUUUCAUCAGUGUUCUUCGAGAGAAGAUUCUGUGA